AUGUCCCAAUCUGUGUCUCAUGUUGUCUCCUGUCUAACCACACCCACCCAUGUCUCGUUCACCAUCAUCAUCAUCCUCAUCAUCACCUGUCAAUCAUUCUCACCACCUCAUUCCUCCCACCCAGCCAAGCCUGGCUUCAAAGCGUCGGCCCAGAAGAAGAAGGGAGACAUCCUGCAGCCGUGUGACACAGAGUACCCCAGCUUUGUCUACGAGCCCUCCAUCAAGGAGACCAACAGCCUCAUUAAGUGUGGACGCUGUCAGAAGAUGUUUGUAACCCAGGCUGUCCCUGACAGUAACCUGCUGAUGUUGGUGGUACAGGCAGACUGUGACUGUUCCCGUCAGUACCCUGCUAUCACCAUGGAACCCAAGGAAGUGAAAUAUAUCCUUUAA